CCGUUUUGUUGUUGGAUGCAGGGAGUUGACAGGACUCGGGGAGCGAAGCGAGGAAGAUGCCCACGCGCUGCCCGCCGGCCCCGCGCCGGGGGCUCCUGCCCCCCUAGCCUCGGAGCCCCUGUGCCAGGCCCGGCCGCCCGGGCGGCCGCCACUCUGCCCCUGGCCCGCCGGCCGCCCAGACCCAUGUCUCGUCCCGCUGUGCGCCAGCCCCCCAGCGCCUGCGGCCCUCCCGGCGCCCACCAUGCUGUACGUCAGUGACUCCAGGCAGCAGCAGCAGCUGGUCACGGCCCAGUUCAAUCUGCUGAGCAGCACCAUGGACCAGAUGGGCAGCCGGGCGGCCUCGGCCAGCCCCUACACCCCGGAGCACACGGCCAGCGUGCCCACUCACUCGCCGUACGCGCAGCCCAGCUCCACCUUCGACGCCAUGUCGCCAGCCCCGGUCAUCCCCUCCAACGCCGACUACCCCGGCCCCCACCACUUCGACGUCACCUUCCAGCAGUCCAGCACCGCCAAGUCGGCCACCUGGACGUACUCCCCGCUGCUGAAGAAGCUGUACUGCCAGAUCGCCAAGACGUGCCCCAUCCAGAUCAAGGUGGCCACGCCGCCGCCCCCGGGCACGGCCGUGCGCGCCAUGCCGGUGUACAAGAAGGCGGAGCACGUGACUGAGGUCGUGAAGCGCUGCCCCAACCACGAGCUCGGGCGGGACUUCAACGAAGGACAGCCUGCCCCGGCCAGCCACCUCAUCCGCGUGGAGGGCAACAACCUGUCGCAGUACGUGGACGACCCCGUCACGGGCAGGCAGAGCGUCAUGGUGCCCUACGAGCCCCCACAGGUGGGGACGGAGUUCACCACCAUCCUCUACAACUUCAUGUGCAACAGCAGCUGCGUGGGGGGCAUGAACCGGCGGCCCAUCCUCAUCAUCAUCACCCUGGAGACCCGGGACGGGCAGGUGCUGGGCCGCCGGUCCUUUGAGGGCCGCAUCUGCGCCUGUCCCGGCCGAGACCGCAAGGCGGACGAGGACCACUACCGCGAGCAGCAGGCCCUGAACGAGAGCGCGGCCAAGAGCGGGGCCCCCAGCAAGCGCGCCUUCAAGCAGAGCCCCCCCGCCGUCCCCGCCCUGGGCACCGGCGUGAAGAAGAGGCGGCUCGGGGAGGAGGACACGUACUACAUGCACGUGCGUGGCCGCGAGAACUUCGAGAUCCUGAUGAAGGUCAAGGAGAGCCUGGAGCUGAUGGAGCUGGUGCCCCAGCAGCUGGUGGACUCCUACCGGCAGCAGCAGCAGCAGCAGCUCCUCCAGAGGCCGGGCCACCUGCAGCCGCCGUCCUACGGGCCGGUCCUCUCGCCCAUGAACAAGGUGCCCGGGGGCGCCAACAAGCUGCCCUCCGUCAACCAGCUGGUGGGCCAGCCGCCCCCACACAGCUCGGCGGCCGGGCCCAACCUGGGGCCCAUGGGCCCGGGGAUACUGCCCAACCACGGCCACGCCCUGCCGGCCAACGGAGAGAUGAACGGCAGCCACGGCUCCCAGCCCCUGGUCCCGGGGUCCCACUGCACCCCACCUCCCCCCUACCACGCCGACCACAGCCUGGUCAGUUUUUUAACAGGACUGGGGUGUCCGAACUGCAUCGAGCACUUCACCUCCCAGGGGCUGCAGAGCGUCUACCACCUGCAGAACCUGACCAUGGAGGAUCUCGGGGCCCUGAAGAUCCCGGACCAGUACCGGAUGACCAUCUGGAGGGGCCUGCAGGACCUCAAGCAGGGCCACGACUGCGGCGCUCAGCAGCUGAUCCGCUCCAGCAGCAACGCCGCCACCAUCUCCAUCGGCAGCUCCGGGGAGCUGCAGCGGCAGCGCGUGAUGGAGGCCGUGCACUUCCGCGUGCGCCACACCAUCACCAUCCCCAACCGCGGCGUCCCGGGCGGCGCGGCGGGCGCGGGCCCCGACGAGUGGGCGGACUUUGGCUUUGACCUCCCGGACUGCAAGUCCCGCAGACAGUCCAUCAAGGAGGAGUUCACGGAGGGGGAGGCCAACUGACCGCGGAGGGCGCAGGAGAGCGCGGGGAGCCGCGCCUGCGCCCCUGCGGGCUGGGAGGACGCAGGGGGGUGCGGGGAGCCCGCCUGCGCCCCUGCGGGUUGCAGCCAGAGAAGCCUGGUUUUACUUCUUCCUUUUUUUGUCAAAAACUGCCCCUGGGGCUGUGCCCCGGAAAGGUCAAGUCCAGCCUCCGCGGCCGGAGAGGCCGUGCUGGGAGUCCGGAGCUAGCGCGCAGAGCGUGCGCGGAGGGCCCUCCUCCUCCCUGCCUCCUCUUCCUCCCUCCGGACCCUGCUGCUCAGGCGAGAGCCUCGGGAAUAACAGGACGGCCUCUGCUGAGGGACUGCCAAAUAGUGUUCUUCGAUGUCUUCUCAUCUGGGUAGCGACGGGCAGCUUGGGGGACUGUGUCUGGAACACGUAUUCCCGGGGCCGUGCUCCAGACAGGCUCCGCCCACGGCUGGGCCCUCGGCUGGACUGGAGGGCCAGCCCGUCCCUCACACACUUGAUAACCAGUCCCACCCCCAGGGCGGCUGCCUGCCGCCUCCUGGAGAAGACUGGGAGGAGGGUGUUGCCAAAUACUCGGCCCCUCCUGGGGGGCUUUUGGGCAGUGUCCAGCCACUAAGGCCCCUGCCGGCAUCGCUGGCCAGUCACCAGUCACCGCUGCUCCGCGACCCUCUCAGUACACAUGCACAGUGAGGUCCUUCAAAGGGCAGGAAGCUGUUGGUAUUUGAUAAAACGAUACCCUUUUCUACAUGGUGGGUCGGUUUUUAAAAACAUUGUUAACAUUCCCUUCAGGAGUCAACCUAGGGGUGUCCCAGGUCUGUGGAAACAAAUGGUGACGAAAGCUGGAGGGCAAACCAGGUGGGGGUCCUGGUGUGGCCGGGUGGUAUGAGACCCCCACUGAGAGGCUGCCAUGGGAGGGCACUGGGUGGGCUGGGAAACUCUCCUGUUGAAACAGCACCCUUGUCCCCGCGGGGACCCUUGUAAGCUGGGGGAGGAGCCGCGGGAGAGCCCCUCCCCAGUGGAGGGAGCAGUGGGGGGGAAGGGCUGCCUCUGGGCCUCAGAGGCAGGCUCUGAGCUCUGCUUGGGGGCUGCCUCCUGCCCCCCAUGGGGCUGCACUGAGGCAGGGGGUGGGGUCUGGCCGCUAGGAGGGACCCCAAGGCACCGGUAGGCUUGGCGGAGGCAGCUUCCCAGUGCCUGUCUGAUGGGGCCCUUAGGAGCCCAGCUGCCCAGCAGUGACCAGAAGGCCACAGGGGACGUGGGUGGCAGGGAUGAAGCAGGCGGGGUGGGGGGUCCUCCCCACUGUGGGUGCCGAGAUACCGCCCCGCGGGCAGGCUGCCCGGCAUUCCCAAUCAGCUGUGCUGUCCUUUCGCCGGGGGCCCCAUGCAUUGACCCCUCAAGUCUGGGUGCUCCUCACUGCCACCCCAGAAGCAGGGAAGGCCCCCAGGCCAGGGGAAGGUGGACACAGGGUCCGGAGUGCCCCUGGGGUUUGUCGGUGGCAGGAGAGCCCCCGGCCCCGACCCCAGAAGGGGCCCUCCUGUGUGGAGCCGGCGAGGGCGUGCCCAGGAGUUCAGCUUCGGCCCUCUCCUUGUUGAGGGGGGAGUGGGGGUUCAAAUGCCAAUUUGUUACAGUUCCAGGCCCUUGGGAAGGCCGCUGGGGGGUGAUACUGGGUGAAGGUUGACCUCCGGGGCUCAGAGCUGUCCUGACGGGAGUGACCCAGGCCGGAGCCACCCCGCCCCAAGCCCCCAGCAGGGUCGUCUGCAGAGCAGGACUCCAGCGCGGGA